AGGGUUAUGUCGGCCUGGGUCCAAUUACAUAAAACAACGUAAGUAAAUGUCCGCCCAAAACUCACGUACUGUUAGUAGCAAACUGAAGAGAGACUUUUUACGGCACCGGUGGGCGUCUGCAUUCCGGACUUCACAGAUGGAAUGUCACUCCGGUCCAGCUAGAAGAGACUCCACUCCACGAUUUCCUGUGCCGCUUCCUCGCGCCCACAAAGAGUUUGGUGCAGAGAUGGAGGCGCAGUGAGAGGGACGCGGGGAGGAGAAGCAGCACGACGACAUCGGAGACACGGGGGAGACACGGGGAGACACGGGGGAGACACGGAGACACGGGGAGGCACGGGGAGACGGACGGCACGGGGGAGACACGGGGAGACGGGCACUCGCGUCGGUGCCAUGGCGACAGUGGUGCUGGUGCCGCUGGUGCUGCUGCUGCUGCUGUGCAUGACGAGGGUGUGCAUGGGUGCGGGGGUGGCUGAGAGGUGCGUGCGACCUGCCGCGUGCGAGUCCCUCGCCUACAACUCGUGUCUGGGCGCCGCUCUGCCCUACCCGCAAACGGCGCUCGUCCUCGCCAGCGAUUCGCGCUCGCAACACGACGCGCAGGCCAACCUGCAGCUCUGGGCAGAGCUGCGGAGGGUGCCGCGCUGCUGGGAGGUGGUGCAGCCGCUGCUGUGCGCCGUCUAUAUGCCGCGCUGCAGCGCCGGCGUCGUGGAGCUGCCGAGCCGCGCUCUCUGCCACGCGACGCGCGCGCCGUGCGCCGUGGUGGCGCGCACGCCGCACGGUUGGCCCGACUUCCUGUCCUGCCAGCCCGAGCGCUUCCCCGACGGAUGCCCGAACACGGUGCAGAGCGUGCACUUCAACACGACGUCGAGCUGCGCCGCUCCGCUCGUGCGCACCGACAACCCCGCCAGCUGGGUGCGCGACGUGGAGGGCUGCGGCCUUCCCUGCAGCAGCCCCCUGUACACGGCCGAGGAGCAUGCCGCCAUGCGCACGGCCACCGCGGCCAUGGGCGCCCUCGCCCUCGUCUCGGAGAUCUUUACCCUGGCGACGUUUGUUGGCGACUGGCAGCGCUCACGGCGUUACCCGGCCGUCGUGAUUUGCUAUAUCAACGCCUGCUUCCUGGUGGCGAGCGCCGGGUGGCUCGCUCAGUUCCUCAGCGACGCUCGGCAGGACAUCACGUGCCGGCACGACGGCACGCCUCGCUUGGGAGAGCCCACGUCAAGCGAGACGCUGUCGUGCGUCAUCAUCUUCGUGCUCAUCUACUAUCCGCUCAUGGCGGCCGUGUGCUGGUUCGUGUGUCUGGCGUACGCGUGGAACGCGUCGUUCCGGGCCCUGGGCACGCCGCAGCGGCCCUUGGCUCGCAAGACAUCCUACUUCCACCUGGCGUGCUGGUCGCUGCCCUUCGUGUUGACGGUCGCCAUACUGGCACUGCAGCAGGUGGAUGGAGACUCCAUGUCUGGCGUGUGCUUCGUGGGAUAUCGCGACCCCCACUUUCGCGCCGGCUUUGUGCUGGCGCCGGUCGGUGUGGCCACCGUCGCCGGGGGCUACUACCUCGCGCGUGGGAUGUUUACGCUGUUUCGCAUAAGAAGAUCCCACCCCGGGCUGCUCAGCCAGAAAGCGUCAACCAAGAUCCAGGAGACGAUCGUGCGGCUCGGGGUGUUCGGCGUGCUGGCCUGGGGCUUCGUGCUGCUCACGUUCGGCUGCCACAUCUACGACUUCCUGCACCGUGAGCAGUGGCAGCGCAGCCUCCGCGAGUACAUCCUGUGCCGCUCCAACGUGGACCUGGGUUUCGUGAACGCGAGCGCGGGUUCGGGCACCGGCCCGGGCUCGCCACGUAAGUGCGAGCUGGGGGCACGGCCCGGCCUGCUGCUCGCCGUGGGGAACGUGGCGUGCGUGUUUGGCACCGGCAUCACCAUGAGCAGCUGGGUGUGGACGCGUGCCACGCUGCACACCUGGCGGCACACCUGGCUCCGGAUCUUGGGCCGGAAGGACGAUCGCCUGAAGCGGCUGCACCGGAGUCACAUGAUCGCGAAGGCGUUUGCGCGGCGUGGUGACAUCCUGCACGACGCGCACGCACGCAUCUCGCUCAGCCUGCAGAGCGAGCUCCCCGGGGGGGCCGUGGUUGGGAUGGAUCUGGACCUGGAUGAUUCUGGGAGCGACUCGUCAUCCUGGAUCAAUCACGUCACCAAGAUGGUGGCACGAAGAGGAGCCAUUUUACCCAACGUGUCACGCACAGCCACACCCGAGCCCUCGGAUGUGAAGGCGCCGGUCGCGCAUUCCAAGCCACAUCACCGCUCUGGCACUCACCACCACAAGAAGAAGCGACGCAAGAAGCACAGGCCCCGAGACCUCGGCUCUGACCACGACCUCCUCCCUCACGACCUCGGCGCCGACCUCCCGGCCCCCGACGCGACCCCAAGGGUGCCGUGGCCCACAGGCGGCGUCCCCCGUCUCCCCAAGCUCCCAAGCAGGCCGUUCCUGGUGGCGGCCUACCCCGGGCCCGGGCAUCCGAGCUCAUUCUGGGAGGAGGGCGAGGCCAGGCAGGAGGAGGAGGGUGGCAGGAAGAUGUGCUGGGGACAGCCGACGGCCGGCGCCACGGCCGGCGCCACGGCCGGCGCGCCCCCCUGGGAGCAGCUCGUGAGCGCGACGCGACCGCGGCACCAGCCCGGGCCGUUCUGGGAAGGCCGGAGGGAGGCGGGGGUUCGCGACGCGCCGCCGGGUAUCCCUCGCGCGCCGCGCAGCCUCAGCCCGCAGCGUGAUCGCCGCGGCGAGGCCUUCCGCGCGGGGAGGCGGUGGUUGCCGGCGCAGAGCGAUGCGCCGCCUCCCGAUCCCCCCCCUUACUCGGCGGGCCUCCUGCCCGGCACGCUGCACGAGCACGGAGGCGGCGAGCCUCGCGCCGAUCGUCGGCACCACCACCACCACUCGCAGCAGAGGGAGGAGAGCCUCUUCUGAGGCAACGGGGGCGGCUCGCUCGCUCGGACGCCUCCGGUCGCCGCUGUCGACCUCGAGUCGGAUCCCCGGUCCGGCGUCAGACGCGGGGAGUCCCACAUCUUACAAAAAAAUUACAUCAUCCGUUUUCAUUAUACGUUCAGCGGUUUAAAUACUCGUAUUUAACAGGACGUGAAAAGCAAAGUUCAAAGAUUUCCUGCUCAUGAGCAUUGAGGCAUUGGUGCUCAUCUCCUGUUUACAGCCCUGAGCCAGUGGUUUAAAUUCCAUAUUGUUUUGGUAGGGGUGAGUCCAUCCGUAGGACAAUUAUUGUUGAUUUCCGCAUAAAGUGGUACUCAUUUGAUCGAAAAUGAAGGGGUGAUGGGCCGCGUCAACCCCCAACCAAGAUUUGAACUUGCAACUUUCCGAAUGCGAGCCACUCUCACAGGCAUUGGGCCACGAGAAGCAUACACCCACGUCUUAAUAUUGAAAUCACUGCGCCAUCACAUCCAGAAAGCGCCAUAGGUCUUGUAGAUGUAUCGAUUGCGUGGCAAGGAUCGUGUUAAUGAGUUGAACGUGUGUCCUACUCUUUGGGUUUUUCGGUAAAGUCACGUAGAUAGAAAUAAUAAUAAAAUAAUAAUAAAUCACGACGUUUCGAUCGCAACACAAGCAAUCAUCUUCAGGUGAAAAAAUACAGCAGGCGGACUGCUGAGGCAGGAAGAAAUGUAGCGAGAGAGCUGCUACUGCAGCCAAAGGUUAUAAAGAUUUGAGAUGGGUACAACCCAAGGGUAAGUGGGCGGGGCUAGAGAUGGAAUUUGCAAGUAAGAUCGCAGAGCGAGGUACACCUCGGCCAUUGUGUUGCUCGAGAUUAUUCUGCUGAUAGAGAACAAGGGAACUUGUCCCAUGUGGGAUGAGAAGCUUCACUCGAAGCGACUCCACUAGUAGCUGUGAUGGCACAACCUGGGAGCUGUUCCCUGGAACAGUGGUGCUCUACUCACCGGGAGCCACUUUGGAAAGCUGAUUCAUCUCGUGAUUUGCCACUAACCGUAACACAAUUGGAAUAUAAAAUAUACAAAAUAAAUUCUGAACGGGUUGGACACAUGGAUGGGGCUGUGGGGCUGGGGGCAGCAUUCAGGGUAGGAGAUGAAGGAGUCGGCGAUGAGGUAAGACUCUGUGGUAGGGACUUGUCGCCAAUGUGAACUUCACGGAAUUAUUGAUACUUUUCGUAGAGAUUCUGGUUCAUUUUAUUUUGAGAAGGAAGCUUUCUGACUUUGAUUCAAGUUGUGGGUGUAAUUGGGGACGACGCGUGCCCUAGCGCGGAGCUCAAGGUCUCGUGGUCUCGUCUCUCACCACAGCCUGCCGGCCUUGGCCCGUCUCCUCGAGCGAUGCCGUGGAGGCCGCUGUUUGUCUCGACUCGCUCGUGGCCGUGAUGGUGCCGCGUCCCGUUCAUCAGGCACUGCAACCGACUCUUGCGCGUUUGGUAGGAUUUCAUCGUCGUGCGGAUGACGUUGCGUAGACGUACGCCUGCGCAAAGUGAGUGUUGCGGUACGACUGGAGGUGGGACUGCUAAAGGACGUAAAAGUAUAAGGCUUUGUGCACUGAGCGGCGAUGCGUACGCGUACAAGCCAGUAACGGCUGGUCAUUAGUGACCUUUGAGGUCUGGCGUCACUAGAGAAACAGGAAAAUUGGAAAAACAAAACUUGUACAUUGUAAAGUUUAUAAUAACACGUUUAUCUGAUGUUUUACACUCCAGAGUGUAUAGAUCAGCAAGGGUGGCUGUAGUAACGGAAUAAAGCAAAGCCGACCGCGCACUGGCCUCUGGCCCACACGGAGGCCGUGAGCAUGGCGCGUGUUUAGGCCCGGCGACACUCGCUGCCGUCACUGCUCCAACGACUCCUCUCGCUCGCGUGUUUCUGCUCUUACUCGUGCAGUUAAACUUUUUGCCUUUCAUUCAAAAUCACGCUGUUAAAUGUUUCAUUGUAGAAUUUGCAUGGAAAAUUACUGUGAAAUAUUAUGAAUUGCUACUUAGCCAACGAUGGGAAACGGUUGUUGUUGGACGUUAAAAGCCGUCUUCUUUCCAGGGUGGAUACUGAUGAAGUGUGUAGACGGUACUCUUUUUAAUUUUUGCUUCCGCAUGCAGCGGUGCACUGGCAAGCGGAUGAGCGGUGUCACCGUGCGAGUCUUUACUUGCACAUCCACGGCGCUGACAGAUUAGGGAGUUGGGGCUGGGGGUACAAGGGAGAUCGAUGAUGCCCGUGGUAGGGAUUCGUGAUAGGGACUUGUGGUACAGAGUUGUGGUCCGAAGUCACGGUCUGGAGUCAUGGAAGGGAGGGAGUCCACGGUAGGGAGUGGCACGCUAUGUGUGGCAUGGGCGAGUGAAGCGCUAUUGGGGAGUCUAUGCUCUCCCAGGUGCGGAGUGUUUCUGGUUGGCAGAGGUCACUGGCAUUAGGUUCAUGAUGGGUCCUCAGUUGACUGAGCGUGAGCUACGGUCGCCAACUGUCUGGUUUUGACCCAGGUUUUCAGGUGGCAGGAAUUGAUUUGAACCGAGCUCUGCUUCCAGUAUUAUGUUGCAACUGUAUCACAACAGACUGCACAGUUUUAAUAGACCCAGACCGAAUGAGAAAUGUCUGGGUCUGAUCGACAGUGGGAAAGGCAGCCAUCCUCGUGUGAGCUGCGCAGCGCGUCCCUUCUUCCCAAUCACCUUCACCUGAAAUGUGUUGGCUCGUAAUAAUGAUCCAGUUUCGUUUUUCCCGGUUUGUGACGUUCAGAACAAAGAGGUUUCUUGUAAAUACAUGUCCUUCCGUCAUGAAAUAUAUAUCUGUGUAUAUGUAGUAUUGUUUAAAAUGAAGUUACCAUACAUUUCUGGUAAUGUUAAUGCAUUAAGACUUGUGCUUAAAGGAACAAUUUUAGAAACUGUAAUUCGCAGGCGGCCCUGCUAGGGCCAGCCGUGCAGCAAAGGUCUGUUACGAUCGCUUGGCAUUCCGCGUGCGUUUAUAACAUUGUAUAGAUAGAAGUGUUCCGCUGAUGAAGGAAAGUGAUGCUUAUCUGCUUCACAUUCUCCAUGUAUCUGGUGGUACAAGUUAGAUGUUUCAAAGUUAAUCGGUACAUGAGUAAAAACCAUCACCAUCAGGAUGGUUCGUGACAAAUCUUCCUCCCAGAUUUUAUGAAUGUUCAUGCCGUGUGAUGAAUCUAAUGUUAUCAUCUUCAAAAACUUCAAUAUUGCUGCCUCAUCAUAAGCACACAUUUUCCGAGAUUAAGGUACAUGCUGUAAAACCGGCCUUUUUGUACUGCGGAUCGCCGUCAGCCCUCAACGUAUUUGCACAGAACACGGCGCAGUAAAACAAUCCGGUGAUUUGUGAAAAUGACCGUGUCUGCAGCACCUCCACGGAGCACUCCUCGCACGGUCUGGUUGGAGCCUGCACCAGUGCCGUGCAGACCACAGCUUGGGAACCACCGCUGUCAAAUGUUCUAACUAUGCCUGCGUCGUUCACGACCACGGUAGCUAAAGCAUUUCAUUGCAGCGAUACAAGAACAUUCGACUAUUUGUACGUAUAUAGGGAUGAGGCUCGCACAGAUGAGAGCAAAUGCAAGCACUGCUAGGCGAGGGAGACUUCAUGGAUUCGUGCGAGUUCGAUUGUAGUACUUGGCUGCCCUGGGCAACUUUUACAAAGAGAUGUUUUUAAUUAGUUUUUUUACCAAUGCAUCUUGUUUGGGACUUCGCCAAUGCAGUAAUGUUCAACUGUCCUCAUGCGUGCAUUUUUUUAGAUCUGUUUUGUUACAUGGUCCAAUAAACCAAUUUUUUUU